AUAAUCGGUGUACGCGCUUGGUGUCUGUCAAGGUGACCGCACAGCCAGAUUAUGCAGCAUCCUUUGGACAUGGGUGCGCAUUACUAUCCUCCGGAGCUUCAUCCCGACCACCGAACUCAUCGCUACAGGAGUUUCAUGAUAGAGGAGAUCCUGACUGAUCACCCGGAGCGCAAAGCUUCGGCUCCGGCCGGGGAGCUCCUUAAAUUCGGGGUACACGCUCUCCUGUCCUCCCGGCCUUUCCAUAACCAGCUGGUGCUAAAAGCCGACCAGACGAGCCUCCUCAAGUUCCCUCUGUCCCCGUUGUCCUGCUCGCUGGGCUCCCCGCUCGGCUCCCCGCUGCUGUCCGCGGCCCAGGGCCUGCAGGUCGGCGCGGCGUCUCACCACCUGCCGCUGGACCUCCACCUCCGCGGGAAGCUGGAGCACGGAGCCGACGGAGGCAGCAAGACCAAGAAGGGCCGCCGAAGCCGCACCGUGUUCACCGAGCUGCAGCUCAUGGGUCUGGAGAAACGCUUCGAGAAGCAGAAGUAUCUCUCUACGCCUGACAGAAUAGAUCUGGCUGAGUCUUUGGGUCUCAGUCAGCUGCAAGUGAAAACAUGGUACCAGAACAGAAGGAUGAAAUGGAAGAAAAUUGUGUUGCAGGGAGGAGGCCUGGAGUCACCGACUAAACCAAAAGGCCGCCCAAAGAAGAACUCCAUCCCCAGCAGCGAGCAGCUCUCUGAACAAGAACGAUCUUCUGCUGACGCUGACCACCAGUCCGAGGGCUCGAGCUCCCACUUAGAGAGCACUCAGGAGGAAUGACCCGCAGACACUGACUCUAUAUGCAGAGCCUCUUGGACAGUUAGUGUGUAUGUUUUGAAUGGGGCCAGGUUCAAAAACGGCAUGAAGAGGAUGUGCUGAUGCUUCUGAAGCGGGACCUGCUUGUGCAAUCUCCAAAGAUUUGCAGGCCCUGCAGAAACCUAAAUUGUACGCCGACAUCCUCCAAAAACCCAUGUGUUUUUGUUGUAGCCUUACCAUGCAUUCCCUCAUGAUGAACUUGCUGCUGCUGAGGAGGGAACUCAAACCUUUGCAGUAGGUCUACCUUUAUA